CCCGGCCCGGCCGCGACGCCCGCCCCCCGCCCGCCUUCCGCGCGGCCCGGCCCGGCCCAGGCCGCCCGCCCGCCGGCUCCUGGCACCUGUGGCGGCGGGCAGAUCCCUGGCCGGCCCCGCGCUGCCCCGGGCUGAAACGACACCGGUCCACCGCCCACCAGGGCGACCUCGGCAACCCUGACAGCAACAGACCGUCCCAAGUGACCAGAAAGCCCACCCGGGUGGCCCAGCGCCUCCCCGGCUCUUUCUGGAUGGGGGCGUCUGGCGAAGGAGCUGGCUAAACGCUCUGGCCUUCACCUUCCAUUCCCUGCUGACCACACCUCCCCUAGCACCCAGGCUGCCCGCAGAGCAGGCGAUGCUUGUGCCAGCACAGCUGGCUCCCCAGGAUCUUGGUCUGACCGCCAGGAUGAAGGUGAGGCGGGCAACCAAGACCUUCGUGCGGAAGCCUCGCCGUCUUAAAGGUGCGGGCCUGGGACCCGACACCCCCUCAGGUGGCAGCGGUGGGAGUGAGAGUCAGGAGGGAGAAGAUGCUCAGGAGAGGAGCAGCCCACCGCGGCCAGCAGCCUCAGCUCCCAAGCGGGCCAGUGAAGUCGCUGAGGAGACUGCGUCAGGACGGCAGAAGCUGCAAGCCCGACAGUUAAAACAGUGGCCGGAGCAGCAGCCACAACCGCAACCACACAACCAAGGGGCAGGACCUCAGCCAGAGUCGCAGCAGCAGCAAGAUGGGCAAGAGCCACUGCCCCAACCGCAGCCAGAACUGCAGGAAGAACCCCAGUCUGAACAACAGGGGCCGCUGAAACCGCGGCUGCGGCUGAUGCCAAGGCAGAAACAGUCACGGGAGCAGCACAGGCCGGUGCGACGGCGGUCACGGCUGCGGCAGGAACGGUUCCAGCGGCAGGAACUGCAGGAAAAGCCCCCGUGUGUGCAGUAUGAGCAGCAGAAGCAGCUGCAGCGGCAGGAACAAUCAGAGGAGGGGCAAGUGCAAGAACAGCAGCUGCCACAGCCGCAGCAGGAGCUGCAACAGGACUUACAGCAGGGAUGGCCACAGCUGCCGCAGCAAGCGGUACAGCAGCCACAGCAGCUACAACAGCAGGAGCAGCUACAACCACAGCAAGAACAGUGUCAGCUGCUUCAGCAACAGCAAGAACAGCUCCAGCACCAAGAACAGUUGCAGCAACAGCUGUUGCAGCAGCAAGAGUUACAGCGGCGGCAGCAGCAACAGCAGCAGGAACAGUUACAACCACAGCAGGAGCAGUUAGAGCUGCAGCAGCAGCUGCAGAAGCAGCAGGAACAGCUGCAGCUGCUGCAGCAGCAGCAAGAACAGCUGGAGCUGUUGCUGCUGCAGCAGCAGCAGUUGCAGCAGCAGCUGCAACCCCGACCUCUGGGGCCGGAGGAGGAGGAGGAGGUUGAGCUGGAGCUCAUGCCGGUGGAUGUGGAGUCUGAUCAGGAGCUGGAGCGGCAGCGGCAGGAGCUGGAGCGGCAGCAGGAGCAGCGGCAGCUGCAGCUCCAACUGCAGGAGCAGCUGCAGCAGCUGGAGAAGCAGCUGGAGCAGCAGCUGGCGCAGCCGCCAGAGGUGCAGCUGGAGCUGACACCAGUGGAGCCUGGGGUACACCCGCCUGAGCUGCAGCUGGAGCUGACCCCUGUGCCGCCCGAGCUGCAGCUGGAGCUGGUGCCGGCCGCCGCGGGGGCGCCCGCCGCGGUUGUGGUGGCGCCCCCGGGCUACGUGGUGCUGCAGGAGCUGAUGGUGCUGCCAGCUGCCGUGUCGGCGCCCUCGAUCGUGGCCGUCCCGGGCCCGCCGAGCGGCGCGGCCCUGACGCCGGCCCGGCCGCCACGGCGGCGGCGGCGCGCCCGGGACCGGCCGACCAUCUGCGGGGAGUGCGGCAAGGGCUUCAGCCGCAGCACGGACCUGGUGCGGCACCAGGCCACGCACACGGGCGAGCGGCCGCACCGCUGCGGCGAAUGCGGCAAGAGCUUCUCGCAGCACUCGAACCUGGUGACGCACCAGCGCAUCCACACGGGCGAGAAGCCCUACGCGUGCCCGUACUGCGCCAAGCGCUUCAGCGAGAGCUCGGCACUCGUGCAGCACCAGCGCACGCACACGGGCGAGCGGCCCUACGCCUGCGGCGACUGCGGCAAACGCUUCAGCGUCUCAUCCAACCUGCUGCGCCACCGCCGCACGCACUCGGGCGAGCGGCCCUAUGCCUGCGAGGACUGCGGCGAGCGUUUCCGCCACAAGGUGCAGAUCCGCCGCCACGAGCGCCAGCUGCACGGCGCCGGCCGCUCCCGGGGCCUCGGCCUGCUCCGCGGUGCGCGCGUAGCCGCCGGGGGCGCCCCGCGCGCCGAGCCGGCGGCGGACAAGGCGCCCGAUAUCGACGAGGCUAAAGCGGCACGGAGGUGGCACAUUGCUGCCCACAGCACAUGGUUCAGGGUCGUCUUCGGGUACGAAUGGGGUGAGGAUUCUGGCAAAACUGACUUGAUAGUGUUUCUGCUAAAACUGGGCAAUGCAGAGACAGACACGGGAGCCCCAAGGCCCAGCAUAACUACGCUUGCCCUGAACCGCUGGUUUUCGCACCUCGUCCUGCAGCCCUUCUGCCCCCAGAAGGUUCUCACACGCUUCGACAAGAUCCUUAGGGCUUGGGCUGCACAACGUUUCGAGGAAUAUCACUGCAAGAUGCAGGAAACGGGGAGCGGAGGAGGCACGUCAAGGCUGGAAGCUGGGUCUCUGGCUCCCCAGAACCCCAUGAAGACAGGCCCGCCUGGCAGGGGUCCUGCCCCAGGGUCUGUGCCCACAGGCACCUUCGGGCAGCCAGCUGUGACCCCUGGCAGCUCAGGACUUAGGUGCUUGGCAGAGUCAAGGCCAGUCCUCACAGGCGUGAGGCAGAGGAGGACUGAAAGCCGCAUUGUGAUCUGUGACACACUGGACACGGUGGGCUCCGGGACCUCCAUGUGGACCCUCACUCUGUCCUGCGUGGGCCGAGCUUUGGGGACUCUGCAUGUCACAGGGCAGGAUGAAGGAGAGGCUCUGGGGGUGGAGCCGCCGCGCAGCUCCGGGGCCGUCACUUUGUGUAGCGCGGGGCGCGCAGGCCCCGGCCCGGCCCCGGUGUCCGGCGGCGGCUCGGCGGCUGGCGCGCGCGCAUGGUACCCUAGGGUGCAGCCCCGCCCCACCUCCCAGGCAAUAAUGGUCUGGGAUGACCUGCAGGGUUAUGUUGAUCAGGUCGCUUACCUGGCUUACCUGAGCGGGAUGCCAGGAGCUCAGGCACCUUCACAUGGCCAGAGAGCCACGGAGACUGAGGACACGGGCUCUGCGGAGUUGAGGCUCCUGGCAGAGGCGAUGGCAGCCCCUCGCACGACUCCAGACUCGCCCGCCGCCCAGCUGGAGAGGCUGGACGGAUCAGAGUGUGGUCCUGACCAGGAGGAAGAAGAGGAGGAAGGAAAGGGGGACCAGGUGGAGGCGCUGGAGGAGCGGCUGGUGGAGGUGGUGGUGGACGCAGAUGUGGAGGUGGAUGGCACGGUGGAGGCGGCGCUGGCAGAAGAGCAGAGUCCAGCGUCGGGAACCCAGGAGUGCCCCCGCGGCAGCAGGGACACCGAGUCGCUGGGCCUUCAGGAAAAGGCCCUGCAGGCCUCCCGGGCUCCAGCCACGCCGAGGGAUGAGGACCUGGAGCGGGAGGGGGAGGGGGACGAAGAGGAGGAGGACGAGGACGAGGUCGACUCCCUGACGUCUGCGUCUCAGGGGCUGGUGACCUUUGAAGACGUGGCUGUGUACUUCUCCCUGGAGGAGUGGGAAAGGCUGGACGCGGACCAGCGGGAGCUCUACAAGGAGGUCAUGCGGGAAAACUAUGGGAUCCUGGUGUCCUUGGGAUACCCAGUCCCCAAGCCGGAUCUGAUCUUCCGGCUGGAGCAAGGAGAGGAGCCGUGGGUCCCAGACAGCCCGCGUCCCGAGGAGGGAGACAUCGUCACUGGCGUCUACACAGGGGCCUGGUUCUGGACCGACGACAUAGAGGACCAUGAGGAGGAUGACGAUGAAGACUUCCUGGCAGAGGUGGCAGAGGAGGAGAACGAGCCCCCGGGGCUGUGGUCGGCGGCCUACGGAGUGGGCGAUGUGCCUGGGACCUGGGGCCCUGAUGACUCGGAUUCUGCGCAGACUCCGGAGGGCUGGGGUCUGGACCCCGGCGGGCUCGGGGUCCUGGCCCCGGGGUCUGAGUCGAAGCCCUUUCUGCCUGACCGGGAGCCGGGUGCGAGCCUCCUGGCGCCCUGGGCAUUCCCGGCCGCGGUGGCCGCGCCAGCUGGGCGCCCGGAGACGACGUGCGAUGUGUGCGGCAAGGUGUUCCCACACCGCUCCCGGCUGGCAAAGCACCAGCGCUACCACGCGGCGGUCAAGCCCUUCGGCUGCGACGAGUGCGGCAAGGGCUUCGUGUACCGCUCGCACCUGGCCAUCCACCAGCGCACGCACACCGGCGAGAAGCCCUUCCCAUGCCCGGACUGCGGCAAGCGCUUCGUAUACAAGUCGCACCUGGUCACGCACCGUCGCAUCCACACGGGUGAGCGGCCUUACCGCUGCGCCUUCUGCGGCGCGGGCUUUGGGCGCCGCUCCUACCUGGUCACGCACCAGCGCACGCACACGGGGGAGCGGCCCUACCCCUGCCCGCACUGUGGCCGCAGCUUCAGCCAGAGCUCGGCGCUCGCGCGGCACCAGGCGGUGCACACGGCUGACCGGCCCCACUGCUGCCCCGACUGCGGCCAGGCCUUCCGCCUCCGUGCUGACUUCCAGCGCCAUCGACGGGGUGGCGGCUGCGCGGAGCCCGGCAGCGAGGGCCCUCGGCGGGAGCCCUGCAGCGAGACGAGGCCUGCGGCAGGGCCCGAGGAGGCCGAGGUGGGGCCGGAGGGGCUGGAGGGGCCCGAGAUCGAUGAGGCGGACGGAGAGACUGAGGGAGAAGCCGAGGUGCGAGAGGCGGCGGUGGAGGCGCCCACCCCACGGAGCAAGGACGACCCCGAACCGGACAGGCGGUUUCUGGGGCUGGGCAACGGCCUGGGGGAGGGCGAAGGCCCUUCCUCACACCCGCUCGGCUUCCACUUUCCCAUGCACCCCAAGUCUUGGCUCCACCCGGAUGGCUUUCCAAUCCUCGGCCUCCCGGACUUCGGGGAGCGGCUGCCGGCCGACGGGCGCCCCCUGCCCGGACCCCUGGGGGGCCGGCUCUCCCUGGUGGAGGGCGCCGGGCUGGCCUGCGACCCUUUCGGUGGUGGGGUCGGGCCUGGAGGCGCCAGCGGCCUGCGUGCGUUCGGGCCUGCAGUCGGGGGACUGCUGGCGGAGCCGGCACCCGCCGCGCUAGCAGAGGAGGAGAGCCCGUGGAUCUGCUCCGACUGCGGCAAGACGUUUGGGCGCCGCGCGGCUCUGGCCAAGCACCAGCGCUACCACGCGGGCGAGCGGCCGCACCGCUGUGCCGAUUGUGGCAAGAGCUUCGUGUACGGUUCGCACCUGGCGCGCCACCGCCGUACGCACACCGGCGAGCGGCCCUUCCCGUGCCCGGAGUGCGGUGCGCGCUUCGCUCGCGGCUCGCACCUGGCGGCGCACGUGCGCGGCCACACGGGGGAGAAGCCCUUCGUCUGCGGCGUGUGCGGCGCGGGCUUCAGCCGGCGCGCGCACCUGACGGCGCACGGGCGCGCGCACACAGGAGAGCGGCCCUACGCGUGCGGCGAGUGCGGCCGCCGCUUUGGGCAGAGCGCGGCGCUGACGCGGCACCAGUGGGCGCACGCCGAGGAGAAGCCGCACCGCUGCCCCGACUGCGGCAAGGGCUUCGGCCACAGCUCGGACUUCAAGCGGCACCGGCGCACGCACACGGGCGAGAAGCCCUUCCGCUGCACCGACUGCGGCCGCGGCUUCGCGCAGCGCUCCAACCUGGCCAAGCACCGGCGCGGCCACACGGGCGAGCGGCCCUUCCCGUGCCCCGAGUGCGGCAAGCGCUUCUCGCAGCGCUCGGUGCUCGUGACGCACCAGCGCACGCACACGGGUGAGCGGCCCUACGCCUGCGCCAACUGCGGCCGCCGCUUCUCACAGAGCUCGCACCUGCUCACCCACAUGAAGACGCACCGCGGCACGGCGGGCGCACCGGUCCAGGCGCCCGCGGCGCCCGUGCCCAAGGCCGAGGCGCCCGCCAAGGGGCCGCCGAGCGCGGGCACAGGGACCGGGCCCGGGGAGCACGGCAGUACCCUGCUGGAGUUCGCGGGUGGAACGAGCUUUGGCUCCGAGCCGACGGCCGCCUUCGCGGGGCCUUCAGGCGCCUACGAGGAGACCAUCCUGUGAGGGCCUCUGACGGAGGCGCAGGCCGCUAGGCCGCAGGCCCUUUGCUCCUCUGGCCUCGGGGGAUGCCGAGGGCCCCAUCCCUGGUGCGGUGCCUUACCCUCAGCACCGGUGCACCGGCCUCAGGCUUCCCUCCUGCUCGGCCCUAGAGAACCGGCCGCCGAGCUCGCAUGGCCGUGAGGGGGGCGCGGGGGGCGAGGCGAGCCGCGCGCGGAGCCGAUGGGGCAGGGGCGGCCACCCCGACAGGAGACUGCGACAUCCCUGGAUCGAUGCGGUGAGGCCACGCGGUGGGGACGGCCGGCGAUGUUAUUUAUUUUACCCGGGUUCGAUUUGGGUGGUCCAGGGGAGAGGUGGCAUGUGAGUGAGUAACGGGGGUUUAACAUAACGGCGAGGGAGGGGAAGGCCUUGCGUCAAGGGAGGGUGGGGUGGUCGAGGGGUUUGGCUGACGACUUCUUCCCAUUCCUCAGCGGGAGACUUCAGGGAUCUCCUGGCUCUUCAGAGUAUGUCCAGGAAGCGUUAAGGACUGUGCGUGGCGAGGGGAGACCUCGUGGGUUUUCAGAGGACGGUGUUCCUCCCUAAUCCGGGGCGGGGGAAGCAGAGUUGCACUGGGAAAGCUUUUGUUCUGUGACCGCGGAUAUUUAUUUCCACUGCUUGUAUGGCCUGAAGAAUCUGGAAGGAGGAGAAAAAAGCCAGAAACCAAGCCGUGGCCCCGUGUGGGGUAGGAUGGGGUAGCAGGUGUCCACAGGGUCCCCAGGGACCUUGAAGCCUUACUCUCCAGGGUCCUCACUCUGCUCAUCCCACUUGAGCGCGGAGAUCCAGCCUGGUGGUGUGGGGUUUAGUCUUAACUCCCCCUUGGAAUUCUUUGGUGCCCUUACCCCUGGCAGCUGGAGGCACACACUCAGAGAUUCCCCCACAGUGCUGCCUUCAGCUUCCCGGCUCCUCUGCUCGCACGGGGGGGGGGACAUACAGGGCCCUGCUCUUCUGAGCCCGUGGCUCACUUAGAUCCAAUAACCCAGUGUAAAGUGACAGAGGUCGGUAGCAAGGUCACUUAGGGCUAUGACCGCCCACCCCCCCCCACCCCCAGGCUCCUUUUACUCUGCCUUUGUUGUCCUUCUACACUAGAAGCCAGCAGUGUUUCCGUUUUGAUUCCCAUUUCACAGCGUGGGUGGUAAGCCGUCCACCUUGGGGGGUUCCCACCUGAGCCCGUGGCUCAGUGACUGACCAAGUAUCCAACUAUGCAAGGCCCGCGGCCAGCACCCACCUUCCAGGCCGGCCGUUUGAAGCCACCAGGUCACCUGCAAGACACCUGCCCCACCCCCCCUUGAUGUUUUUUUGGCCAAUGUGAGUGGGGCCAGAAAACCGAAAUUUUGAAGCAACCUUAUUCCCUUCUAGACCUAGUUCCUUUUGUGUUAGUGUAGAUGUGGCCGUGGGGUCUGAGAGCCGGCAGCCAGGCUGCUAGAGGCUGGGCGGUAGGAGGCAGCGUAGUCACCGUAGUCGGUGGGUGGGAGGAGGGCCUGGACUGCCAGAUGGUGGUGGUGAGAAUUAUUAGCCUGGCUGAUGGGGGUGGAGUGGGUGGGGUGGGUGGUGAGGAGGACAGGGGUUCCCAGGGAGGCGCCGGCAGUGUUGGCUGGUGCCCUCUGUCCCUGGCCUCUCUCUCCCGCUGUGGGAAGGCACCUCAGGAAGGGCCCAGGGCAAGGUGGGCCAGCCCUGCUUGGCCGGGGUCCGGUCCAUGCCCAUUCUGCAUGGCCCAGCCCUUGAGCACAGACCUGCAGCCCCGCCCCGCAGCUGUUGGCAGGAGGAAGGACCUAGCUUUAAUAAAGAGUGGACAAACGAGCCUUGUGCCUGGACUCCGUGUUGUUGCCCCUUCUCUGGCCCCUCAGGGAGGCACUGCAGGGCUUCAGGCCCGUCUUGUUUCUGCAGAUGAUCUUAGGAGUGUCUCUUUUCAGAAUCUAGAAUUGGCCUGUGCGGAGUCAGCCCAAGAGAGCUUCAACCCCUGCUGCCCGUGUCCACCAGGCCUUUUCAGGAGUCCCCAGCGGGCCUCCACACUGCCACCUACUCCUUGUAAUACGCACACCUGUGUUGGGAUAUAGCCUCGUUCAGUGUUUUUUGGCCAGGCCCCAUUCCUGGUGGUCCAGACCUCUCUCCUGAGGCCCCAGCACCACACAGGUUUAUCCAGGCUCGCUUGCUCUGUGCCAGGCCAGGGCUCACCUCCCUGCACCUCAGACACCUUCCUUUGAACUGAUUCGUUGACUUCUCACCACACGGUGUCCCUGCAACCAGACCUGACCCUCCCAUCCUUUCCCCAGGGAAUUGAAAAGUAUGAACUAUGAAGUCAAUUCUCUUUUCAAAUGUGGUUUGGAAGCAUCAGAACAGAACCCAGUAUUUCAGUAGCAGAUGGACAUUAAGACCUAGUGUAAACUGGAUGGCCCUGAGGAGCUUAAAGGCUCUUCAGAAAAGUUAUUCCCUGAUAGAGCGUACAGUUGUCCAGCCAGAUACUUGAUUUUAGGGGGGAAAUAAGGCAAUCCUGAUGGUUAUAGAAAAGAAAAGGUAGACCACCUCCCUGGUUUUGAGAGGAUUUCCAAAUUUCUGGAGUCCUGAUUCAUUCCACAAAUGUCAGUUUAGCAUCUCGCAUCAAGGCCAAGGAGGAUCGGAAGCCCCCAGGGCCCUGUGAGACAUGGCCCGUGAAGGCGGCGCUUUGAGAAUUGUGAGGUCCUGAGCACCCUCUGGUCUCCACUUAACCUUUAUCACUUGAAUCUUCCCAUCCUCCUCCUUUUCUCCUGACACCCUUCCACGUAAACCCUUCAAACAUUUCCUUAUAACUUUUUUUUUUCUUUUCCUAAUUGGCUACAUAUGGAAUAAAAAUAUUUUGAAGUUUUGGAUUAUAUUUAUUAAAUAAAGCUUUAUGAUCCUUGUUCAUUA